ACAAGAGGAUGCUCGGCGAGCAUAGACUAAACAUCAAGCAGCAGUCUGAGCUCUACGAGAUACCAAACUACUUCAGGGUUGUGUGAGAGACGUCCGGUGACUGGAGGAAAUCUUUGGAAACAGAAUCAGCUCCAAGAUGUUCACACUGUGUCCACGUUAGCGCAGAGGACACAAACGGCUGCACCGGAGCAUGGAGCUGGUGUCGGUGCUGCACGGAUUUGAGUACACGGCGAAGGACGGUCGCCUCGUGUCCAUCAAGCCUGAUGAAAGCUACGUCCUGGUCUCCAAAACGAAUGAGCACUGGUGGCACGUCCGCAGAGACCAGCACACCAGACCCUUCUAUGUCCCCGCACAGUAUGUGAAGGCGCUUAGUGAGGACUCUCCUGGUCCCAAUAAGGUGGACUCACCUGAGUGUGUGACUCACAUUAAACCAGAGGACACGGCUAAUAUAACACCAGUGAUUCGUGUAUCUGCUCCGGAUGCUUCGAGGGAGACUCACCGGUUCUCCACUUUUGGUUUCUGUGAGAACAUACCAGAUGUGAGGCCUUGUGAGAACAUACCAGAUGUGAGGCCUUGUGAGAAUCCAGAGGAGGAACCAACCACCAGCAGCUUUGCACACAACCAGGAUAAUAUACAGACACACAGUUCAGCAGAAGGCUUUUCUUUGACGUCUGGACAGGUGAAUGCUGACGGCCUGCAACUGUAUGCAAAAUCUCAUCCUGUGCCAAAGGUCCAAAACGGACAGAGACAGCCUGACAACUCCCCGCAGGAUGAGAAAGUAGAACAGCCGCAAACGUUUCUACUCGAUGAGGAUGUGGACUUCUCUUCACCCCCUAAUUCUCCCAUAUACGACACCAUACCGGUGCUGAACUUCCCAGAAUGUUCUGAGCUGCCCGGUCCCGUUGCUUCAGAUGACACGUUAAUGAUUGAGCAGCAGAACUUAAAUCAAUAUGAAGAAGUUACUCCUCCUACAGAUGAAGAUCCCAUUGACCAGGUGGAGAAUGAAAGUCUCCGGUCAGCCGUGUACGUCAAUGUAGCACAACUUCGGCAAAGCAUCUCCGAGUCUCCCCCCUCGGCUCCCUCGUCCUACUCUCCCUCCUACCUCGACCCAGAGGGAUGGGAGGCGCACGUUGACCGAGACAGUGGACAGGAGUACUACUACCACCCGUCCACGGGGCGCACCACCUGGGACAACCCCUUUCUAGACUCCCCCACGGACCCUGAGCCACCUUGUUCCCCCUCGCCUCCUCAAUCUCCCGCCCUGUCUCCGGCCGUCGCCUCGCCACCUGCGUGGAUCUCCGACUGGGAACAGUUGGUGGAUGAGACCAGCGGUCGCCCCUACUUCUACAACGCAAUGUCUGGGAAGACGUCCUGGGAGCACCCGGAGCAGCUGAGCCCAUACCCCGCUCUGAUGGAGCCCAUGAGCGUGCACAGGUUUCACGAGGACGGGCUGCCUCCUCUACCCAAUGAGGACUACCCCUCACAGGAAUACUCAGCUGCUGAUCAGCCGGAGGGAUACGAGGAUCCCCUCCCUAAAGAGUACACCCUCAGUCAUGUGAGCCAGACCAUCAUCCCCCGGGCCAACCUGGACCGCAGCACCCCAGCUGGUUGGAACCUCAGUGUGGAACCCAACGGGACCUGGGUGUUCACCAAUGAGCACUCUCCAGAGCAGUGGAUCAAGUCUGUGGAUGAUCGAGGGCAGACCUACUACUAUCUGAGAGACGGCUCCAGGUCUCAGUGGACCCUGCCUCAGGUCCCUGUAGCUGCUGGUCAGUUCAGGAUGGAGAAUGGCGUCGAGGCAGGCAAUCUGUCGGUCAUCAAAAACUGGAGGCACACCAUGGGACCUGGACAGCUCAGCUUGGCCCAGGAUGAAGGGAGGUUCGUACCAACUCACAGGAGGAAGACGUCCGACUACAGCAGCGACAGCUCCAGCACAGGAAACUCUCCAGAGACGCAGCACAACGCUUUUGGGUUUAGACCCUGGAGAAACCCCUAUUAUCUGACCUCCAGGUGGCUGCGCUAUAAUGUGCAGAACUUGGAGAAAGCCGGGAUCCUCAACAAAACAAAAGUGUGUGAGAACGGCAAGAAAGUACGGAAAAACUGGGCCCAGACGUGGACGGUUCUCCACGGAGGAGUGCUGACGUUCCACAAAGACCCAAAGUCUGCAGUGACGGGGACCUUGCACAAGACCAAUCAGAUUGUUCCGGAGGUCACGGUGGACCUGCGAGGAGCGUCAAUUGGCCGGGCGUCAAAGGACAAGUCCAGCAAGAAGAAUGUUUUAGAGUUAAAAGGCAAGAACGGCGUGGAGUUUUUGAUACAGUACGAUACAGAAAGCAUCAUCACAGACUGGCACAAAGUCUUAAUGGACACCAUACGACAACUGGAGUACCUGGACCAUCAUUCAGAGGACGAGGACGGGGACAUAUAUGAGAAGAUCGUAGAGCGAGAUGACAAGGUUGCAGGCGGCAUUGACAAGCAAAGAUCCUCCAGGCUGAGCAUCACGCACUCAUCCAGCUCUGCAGGAGAGACGGACCAGAAGCGGAUUCGAACCAAGCUGAUGAAGUUCCUCAUGAAGCGGCCCACGCUGCAGUCUGUGAAGGAGAAGGGCUACAUCCGAGACAAUGUGUUUGGUUGCCAUCUGGCCACUCUGUGUGCACAAGAGAAGACCACAGUUCCUAGUUUUGUGGAGAAAUGUAUCAAAGCAGUGGAAACGAGAGGUUUAGACAUCGAUGGACUCUACAGAGUGAGCGGGAACCUCGCCGUCAUCCAGAAACUACGCUUCAAGGCCGAUCACGAGGAACUGGACCUCGAGGACGGCCAGUGGGAGGACGUUCACGUCAUCACCGGAGCGCUGAAGUUGUUUUUCCGAGAGCUUCCCGAGCCACUUUUCCCAUUCAGCCACUUUAAUAAGUUCAUCACAGCCAUCAGGAUUCCUGAUUACAAAACAAAAGUGUCUUGCAUGUACGAGCUGGUCAAUUCACUUCCUCCUUCAAAUCAUGAUACCAUCAAACUCCUUUUUGGGCAUUUACGCAGGGUCAUUCAAUAUGGAGAGGACAAUCGCAUGACUGUGCAGAAUGUGGCGAUUGUAUUCGGCCCGACUCUGCUUCGGCCAGAGACGGAGGCGUCCAACAUCGCCAUGCACAUGGUCUUUCAGAACCAGAUAGUGGAGCUCGUCCUGAACGAAUACGAGCGCAUCUUCUUCUCCAGCUAAAGCGGUCACAGGCCUCCAGUGCAGAACCUGCACAAACGUCUCAAUGUGCUCAAGUUAUUUGAAGUGCUAGAUUUACCCUCCAUGCAUUCACAUAAACGGCUUCAGUGCAACAUCCAAGAUGAAACUCCUCUCGUAAAAAUAAGUUAAAGGGCUCUUCAAGUUUUCUUUGCUCAGACUAUUUGAGGUUUAGCCACGUAAAAAUGAGAUUAAAAGGAUCUUCAAAUGGUCUUUUCUGAGAAUAUUUGAAGCAUUUUUUACCAAUGUUUAGUCCAGAUUUACUCCAUAGGAGGCUGACACUGUUGGAUCUGUCUUUGGCAGUAUUGUCUGAUUGAGCCACACAAGCUUGUUGCUUGAGUUGAAGGAGGAGUUUAUCAGAUUACUCGAGCUGUAUUAAUUUCACAAGUCUCUUUCUGGAGAUUUUAAUUGUCUAUUUUGUAUUUUUUGGCGAUAAUAGAACCCAAGUCAAGCCUGGACGGAUGCAUUGACGCUCUCCUAAAGAAAUGAUCAAUGAUUGCUACCAUCUUUAUUUUAGAAAUUUGAAUGACAUUUAAAUAUUGUUUUGAAUUUUAAAUUACAGUAUAUCACGUAUGGCAAUAACUGAUAUUGUGUUCUAAUAUUGUGUUAUUUUUACCCAUGAAUUUUAAUGUAAUAUAGAAUUGUAUAAUAAGAAAUAUUAAAACCAACAUCUCGCUGUGAAAUAGAUGAUGACAUAGAAUACUUGUGCAACCUAUAGAUUAUUUUCCACUGAAUAAAAUGCCAUGUCAUGCUGUCCUUGAAGAAACUGUAUAAUAACACCAUAGAAAUAUAAACUAAUGAUUCAUUUUUUUGACGGUACGAUCGGUCUGAACAUGAAACAGUAGAGUGGAUUCUAGAAGAGAUGUAUGACCUGUAAAUAGAAAUAGAAGGCAUAUUCAUGCUGAAUGUUGUUGAAAUUGCACAAGUUGUUCCAUAAUAAAAAAAAUAACUUUGUAAAAAA